AUGCGGCCCCUCCUUACACUGGCAGCAGUCGCUGGCUUCCAGUCCGGCUUUGUUACGGCGGUGAGCCUCAACGUCAGCGCCCUCACCUCGGGCGAGGUCGAGUCGGAUUGGACGACCACGUACUACGCCAGUGCCGGCGAGCCCCUCCUGCUCGGUAACGAUGGCGGUGCCUCGACGGGAGGUUUCCACGUGUGGGACCUGAAUGGCGAUGCGCCCCUCGAGGCAAGCAAGAGCCUUUUCACGGGGAGGGCAAAGCUGGUGUCCACGCUGUACGACAUUGGCGGCAAGGAUUACCUGGUGUCUAUCCCCAUGACUACCAGCGAACUGGCCCUCUACGAGCUGCCUGCCGUCUCUAAGGUCGAUGACGCUGGCUAUGUUGCACUCGGAGACUGGUCUGCCUUGUGCACGUGGAAGAGUCCCAGUAAGAAUAACUAUAUAUUCAUCUUUGGAAAAACUGAGGGCAUUCAAUUCCUCGUCAGAGAGGCUGGGGAUACAAUCGAAGUUCUGCGGGUUCAAACAUUUGAUAUUCCGGCUGAAAUGGCCGGCUGCGCUGUUUCUCAGGCAGAAUCGAAGCUGUUUUUGUCACCUGAUGGGGGCAAAAAGCUCUACGCCUUUGAUCUGGCAGAGUCCACCAAGGCACCCGAGCUCUCAUUGAUCGGUGAAGUCGAGGAUGAGAUAACUGGCGUCACUGUGUAUGUGUCCAAGAAGGGCUCCAAAGAUUAUCUGCUUGUAGCCCUCGAGAAGUCUGUCUCUGUCUACGAGUAUCCGUGGACACUGGUAGGUAGCUGGGAGCUGGCUGGGGUGGAGGAGCCCGAGAUCCAGGGAAUCAGCUUGUAUCAAGCCUCCACGUCCAAAUACCCAGAAGGCGCCCUCGCCUACGCGAUUGAGGGAGAGGAUGUGCUUGGCUUUGGUCUUAGCAGCCUUGAGAAUGCCCUGUCGGGGCUGAACAUCGAACCAAACGUGGCGUAUAACCCCCGAAAUCUGGAUGGAUGCAUCAAGCAUUCGCCUAUAACGGAGGCAUGCUCCUUCAACGGUUUCUCCUCGAAUGGCGCUUGCGAUUGUCUUGCAGGAUUCACUGGGGAGACUUGCGGCGAAUUCAAGUGCGAAGAUGACUGCUCCGGAAACGGCUCGUGUAUCGGACCUGAUACUUGUGAAUGCAAGGAGGGCUGGGGCGGCCUGCACUGCUCUUUCUUGCUCGUCGAGCCUGAAUAUGAGACGGAUGCUAAUGGGUCUGAUGGCGACGACCCUGCCAUCUGGAUUUCGCCCAAAUCCCCCGAGCUGUCUCGCAUCAUCACAACCACGAAGGCCGGAGACGGUGCAGGCCUCGCGGUCUUCGACCUGAAGGGCAAGCAACUCCAGAUGCACUACUCCAGCAAGCCCAACAAUGUUGAUAUCAUCUACAAUUUCCAGGCAGGCAAUCGUACUGUGGACCUUGCCUUUGCUGCAUGUCGCGGUGACAAUACCCUCUGCAUUUUCGAAAUUACUAACGAGGGUGAAAUCAAGGACAUUCCAGGUGGUAUCCAGCCCUCGUAUGCCGAGGAUGAAGUGUAUGGUUCCUGCGUCUACCACUCCAAGAAGACGGGUAAGCAAUACCUUUUCGUGAACGAGAAAUCGGCACGCUACAUGCAAUACGAACUCACAGCGAGUUCAAACGGUACUCUCCACACUGAGCUUGUACGUGAAUUCGUGGGGGGAUCAGGCGGGCAAGUCGAGGGUUGCGUCUCUGAUGAAGACAACGGCUGGCUGAUCCUUGGCGAGGAGCCCUCUGCCCUCUGGCGCUACGACGCGGAGCCGGAUGGCAGUGAAGAGGGUCACAAGAUUGCCUUUGUCGGGGAUGGGAACCUCUACGGCGACGUCGAGGGUGUGACGCUUGUCCAGGGCAAAUCCAGGGAUGAAGGCUUCAUCAUUAACUCGUGCCAGGGCGUCAGCGCCUACAAUGUCUACAAGCGCGCUGCUCCUCACGACUACGUCAUGACCUUCACCAUCACCGACUCUGCUGAUGGUAGAAUUGACCACGUUUCUAACACGGACGGCCUGGCUGUGGUGGGAGUCAACCUGGGAUCUGAAUUCCCCAAUGGUCUGCUGGUAGUACACGACGAUACCAACGAGCUACCUGGUGGCAAGGCAGCUGACCCCAACUCGAGUUACAAGCUGAUCGGGUUGGACAAGAUUCUUGCAGCCGGCCCAUUCAAGGACUUGAAUUUGUUGGACGAGACUGAUCCCAACUGGGAUCCCAGAGCUUAA